CCUAAGGAUAAGAUUUAAGUAAUUGGGCGGAAGGGGGGUUGCGUGAGCAUGACUAGUGCAUGUUUAAGAGGUACCCUAAUUAUCGGGUAAUCAUUAUGUAGCGUAGUUGUACAUUUUAUCAAUUUUACCCAUUAGAUCGCUACCUAGGUUACAUAUGUACAACUUUAUAAGUAAAAAACCCCGCCUAAAACCCAACCAACCGGUCUACCUGCUCCAUCUCACCAAUGUCCUUUCACACAACAUCCCACGUCUGCAUGUCCAUUCCUUAUUCCCAAGGGAUUUCCCAUUUCAACUUCCAACUACAACUCCAUUGAUUACUCCAUUCAUCUCCCUCCCUGUCCGCCAACCUGUCAAACCCAUCAACUCGAUCAUCUUAACAUAUACCGGUCGAAACCCCUGAUAAUACCAAUUCAUCACUAUAUCACUACUUGACUGUUCUUGGCUUAAUCAGUCUCUUAAUGUCGGACGAUCCUUCCGGACAGCCUCCGCCAAAUCCAGGACCUUUUCGCACUGCGGACGAGAUAGUACGUUCCAUACUCGAUGGUGAUGCUUCGCCUUCUGAUAUCAGCCCUUCUGGAGAGUUAUAUCGGGCUAUAGAGAGGUAUUACCCAUAUUCCCGACCGCCUAAUCGCCCACGACCAGACCUCGUCCGGAACCAUUUAACCCGUUUGGGUCAGCGCUCGUCAUCGCGGAACAGUAUGCCGUUCGAGCUCAGCUCGGAAGCGCAACGAAGAUUCUCGAGAGAGCCGCAAAGUUCUGACGCAUCACCCCGCUAUAAUUUACCCCCCUCUGCUCCUUACCUGCCGCCGCUGCGAUCUCUAACAAGUACCCGACGACCUUCGGCAAUGCCCUCAUCCGGGCUAUCGGGAUCACGAGCACGCGCGGCGGACCGCAUGUACGCGGCAAGGAUGCGGACUGCGCAGAGGAAUCGGAGCGAGACCAAUGACGAAGCGGGCGAGUUCUGGGAGCGACUAGAACCGUUUGAUAGAGGUUCGCGUGGUACCCGACGCUCCGCCACCGGCCAGAUUGCUGAUUCGCAAUCUUCCUUAGACGAGGAACGUUUGCGGGAAGACACAAAUUCUGAACUACGAAUGCUUUUGGAUUUUACUCAUCCUCCCGGCCAUCCUUAUUCUGAUCUUACAUUUUCAACAUUACCGCCGCCGCCACCGCCACAAGAUCCAGCAGAAGAUAAUCGACGAGUCAAGAGGCGCAAAUUAGACUCUGAUCGUCUGUCUAGUAGUUUUCAAGGUUUUCGAUAUGGGAAAUAUGGACAAGUGGAACCGGGUCAGCUGACCAUGGAGUUGGUGAGCUGCGAUGGGGGCAUCUUUUCUGACGACGGCCAGAGAUAUGCAGCUGAGAAUAUCCUCAAAAAUGAUCAAACCGUCUACUGCACCGAAGGGCCGAGAUGCAAUAUCAUACUAAGACAUCAAGGCGCCACCGUCUUUACGCUUAAGGAGUUGAUUAUAAAGGCUCCUAGGUCUAAUUUUACCUCCCCUGUGCAGGAAGGUAUGGUCUUCGUUUCGAUGACGUCUGACCAUCUCCUAACACGGACGGCCCAGUACCAAAUUCAAUACUCGGCUUCUAGAAAUUCGCCUAGGCGUGGGGAGCAGGAUAGCCAACCCCUGACACCUAUUUUGUCCGUUAGGCAUAAUGAAGAUGGAAGCACCAUGACGCACGCACAGAUUAGAGCGAGGCGGCUAUAUAAUAUCGGCAUGGACGAUGAAGACAACAACGUACGAGUUGCUCAGAUUCCCUCUGAAUUUAAUGUUGCACCCCCCCCCUUUAGGGUCACUACGGAAUGUAGCGAUGACGAGACAGAUGAUCCGACUCCGAGGGGAGAUUGGCGGCCGCCCAAUAGGAUUGGGUCCUUGCCAUUCGAGAGUAGCGAAACAAGCGAUGAUGAGGGCAACGCGAAUGAUUAUUCGUUCAGCGAAGCAUAUCAAAGAUUCCGACGGCAUCGUAAUCGACCGAGUACUGCACUGGAAGAGGCGGUGGAAGCUGCACAGGUGGCUACGCAGGAGGCUGUCCGUGCCGUGGGCGGGGAGAUGAUGGUUCCUUACGCGCGGUUCUUUAUCGAGAGGAACAAAAGUAAGUGUACUAUUAAGUUUGAUCCUCCGGUUUCUGGACGGUUUAUAUUGUUGAAGAUGUGGAGUCCGCAUCGGGAUCCGAGCGAAAAUAUCGACAUACAGGCGGUCAUCGCCAAAGGGUUUGCGGGACCGAGAUAUUUCCCAUCAGUGGAGUUAAGGUGAUGGUGACGAAGUUUAGAGGCGUUAAUGGCGGCAUUCCUGGAGGAAUAGUCCAUUAUAGAAACAGGUUUAGAGAUGAGGUAGCUUCAUUGGCUCUCGCUGAAAUGCGCGUGCAUGUAAUUGACUUCACAAUCAAUAUGAUGCUACUUGAUAUGAUGCUACUUGUUCUUAUAGGAAUUUCAUAAUCGUAUUGCCUAUAAGUUUAUACAAGGCACCUCAUUGCGCUAAUAGGCUUGCUUGAGACUUGUUACCCAAUGCGAGAUCAAAUGCAG